AUGGACAAGCUGCCGCCGUCCAUGCGCAAGAGACUCUACAGCCUUCCGCAGCAGGUGGGGGCCAAGGCGUGGAUCAUGGACGAAGAAGAGGACGCCGAGGAGGAGGGGGCUGGGGGCCGCCAGGACCCCAGCCGCAGGAGCAUCCGGCUGCGGCCGCUGCCUUCGCCCUCGCCCUCGGCGGCCGCGGGCGGCACGGAGCCCCGGGGUGCGGCCCUCGGGGCGGCAGACAGCGAGGGGUCGACCCGCGGCGCGGGCAAGUCUAGCACUAACGGCGACUGCAGGCGCUUCCGCGGGAGCCUGGCAUCGCUGGGCAGCCGGGGCGGCGGCGGCGCCGGAGCGGGGGGCGGCAGCAGUCACGGGCACCUGCAUGACUCCGCGGAGGAGCGGCGGCUCAUCGCCGAGGGCGACGCGUCCCCCGGUGAGGACAGGACGCCCCCGGGCCUGGCGGCCGAGACCGAGCGCUCUGGCGCCUCGGCACAGCCCGCAGCCUCGCCGCCGCCGCCCCAGCAGCCGCCGCAGCCGGUCCCCGCCUCCUGCGAGCAGCCCUCGGUGGACACCGCGAUCAAAGUGGAGGGAGGUGCGGCCGCCGGCGACCAGAUCCUCCCUGAGGCCGAGGUGCGCCUGGGCCAGGCCGGCUUCAUGCAGCGCCAGUUCGGGGCCAUGCUCCAGCCCGGGGUCAACAAAUUCUCCCUGAGGAUGUUCGGCAGCCAGAAGGCGGUGGAGCGCGAGCAGGAGAGGGUUAAGUCGGCCGGGUUUUGGAUUAUCCACCCCUACAGCGACUUCAGAUUUUACUGGGACCUGACCAUGUUGCUGCUGAUGGUAGGAAACCUGAUCAUCAUUCCUGUGGGCAUCACCUUCUUCAAGGAUGAGAACACCACACCAUGGAUUGUCUUCAACGUGGUGUCGGACACGUUCUUCCUCAUCGACUUGGUCCUCAACUUCCGCACAGGGAUUGUGGUGGAGGACAACACAGAGAUCAUCCUGGACCCGCAGCGGAUUAAGAUGAAGUACCUCAAAAGCUGGUUCGUGGUGGAUUUCAUCUCCUCCAUCCCCGUGGACUACAUCUUCCUCAUUGUGGAGACACGCAUCGAUUCGGAGGUCUACAAGACUGCCCGGGCCCUGCGCAUCGUCCGUUUCACCAAGAUCCUCAGCCUCCUGCGCCUCUUGCGUCUCUCCCGCCUCAUUCGAUAUAUUCACCAGUGGGAAGAGAUCUUCCACAUGACCUACGACCUGGCCAGCGCCGUGGUGCGCAUCGUGAACCUCAUUGGCAUGAUGCUCCUGCUCUGCCACUGGGACGGCUGCCUGCAGUUCCUGGUGCCCAUGCUGCAGGACUUCCCUGACGACUGCUGGGUGUCCAUCAACAACAUGGUGAACAACUCCUGGGGAAGGCAGUACUCCUACGCGCUCUUCAAGGCCAUGAGCCACAUGCUGUGCAUCGGGUACGGCCGGCAGGCCCCGGUGGGCAUGUCGGACGUCUGGCUCACCAUGCUCAGCAUGAUCGUGGGUGCCACCUGCUACGCCAUGUUCAUCGGCCACGCCACCGCCCUCAUCCAGUCUCUGGACUCCUCCCGGCGCCAGUACCAGGAGAAGUACAAGCAGGUGGAGCAGUACAUGUCCUUCCACAAGCUCCCGCCCGACACCCGGCAGCGCAUCCAUGACUACUACGAGCACCGCUACCAGGGCAAGAUGUUCGACGAGGAGAGCAUCCUGGGCGAGCUGAGCGAGCCGCUGCGGGAGGAGAUCAUCAACUUUAACUGCCGAAAGCUGGUGGCCUCCAUGCCGCUGUUUGCCAACGCGGACCCCAACUUUGUGACCUCCAUGCUGACCAAGCUGCGCUUCGAGGUCUUCCAGCCGGGGGACUACAUCAUCCGCGAAGGCACCAUCGGCAAGAAGAUGUACUUCAUCCAGCACGGGGUGGUCAGCGUGCUCACCAAGGGCAACAAGGAGACCAAGCUGGCGGAUGGCUCCUACUUUGGAGAGAUCUGCCUGCUGACGCGGGGCCGGCGCACAGCCAGCGUGAGGGCUGACACCUACUGCCGCCUCUACUCGCUGAGCGUGGACAACUUCAACGAGGUCCUGGAGGAGUACCCCAUGAUGCGGCGGGCCUUCGAGACGGUGGCGCUGGACCGCCUGGACCGCAUCGGCAAGAAGAACUCCAUCCUCCUCCACAAAGUCCAGCACGACCUCAACUCAGGCGUCUUCAACUACCAGGAGAACGAGAUCAUCCAGCAGAUCGUGCAGCACGACCGGGAGAUGGCGCACUGCGCCCACCGCGUCCAGGCCGCCGCCUCUGCCACUCCGACCCCCACGCCCGUCAUCUGGACCCCGCUGAUCCAGGCGCCGCUGCAGGCCGCCGCCGCCACCACUUCCGUGGCCAUCGCGCUCACCCACCACCCGCGCCUGCCCGCCGCCAUCUUCCGGCCUCCCCCGGGGCCCGGGCUGGGCGGCCUCGGGGCCGGGCAGACGCCCCGGCACCUGAAGCGGCUGCAGUCCCUGAUCCCGUCGGCGCUGGGUUCCGCCUCGCCCGCCAGCAGCCCGUCGCAGGUGGAUACGCCGUCUUCCUCCUCCUUCCACAUCCAACAGCUGGCUGGAUUCUCUGCACCCGCCGGACUGAGCCCGCUCCUGCCCUCGUCCAGCUCUUCCCCGCCGCCUGGGGUGGGCAGCUCCUCCUCGGCACCCACGCCAUCCGCUGCGGCGGCCGUUGCCGCCGCCACAGCCGGGUUCGGCCACUUCCACAAGGCGCUGGGAGGCUCCCUGUCCUCCUCAGACUCUCCCCUGCUCACCCCGCUGCAGCCGGGCGCCCGCUCCCCACAGGCCAACCAGCCGGCGCCCCCGCUGCCCGGGGCCCGGGGCGGCCUGGGACUGGCGGAGCACUUCCUGCCUCCCCCAGCCUCGGCCAGGUCCCCGUCGUCCAGCCCCGGGCAGCUGGGCCAGCCUCCCGGGGAGCUGUCCCCGGGUCUGGCCGCCGGCCCACCAAGUACGCCAGAGACACCCCCGCGGCAGCCUGAGCGGCUGUCCUUUGCGGCAGGGGCCUCAGGGGGGGCCUCUCCUGUAGCCUUUACCCCCCGAGGAGGUCUCAGCCCCCCUGGCCACAGCCCAGGCCCUCCAAGAACUUUCCCAAGUGCCCCUCCCCGGGCAUCCGGCUCCCACGGUUCCUUGCUCCUGCCUCCGGCAUCCAGCCCCCCGCCACCCCAAGUCCCCCAGCGCCGGGGCACCCCGCCCCUCACCCCGGGCCGCCUCACCCAGGACCUCAAGCUCAUCUCAGCCUCUCAGCCGGCCCUACCCCAGGACGGGGCACAGACUCUCCGCAGAGCCUCCCCACACUCCUCUGGGGAGUCCGUGGCUGCCUUCCCACUCUUUCCCAGAGGCGGGGGCGGCAGCGGGGGCAGCGGGGGCCUCGGUCUCCCCGGGAGGCCCUAUGGUGCCGUCCCUGGCCAGCACGUCACUCUGCCUCGGAAGACAUCCUCAGGUUCUUUGCCACCCCCUAUUUCUUUAUUUGGGGCAAGAGCCACCUCUUCUGGGGGUCCCCCUCUGACUGCUGCUCCCCAGAGGGAACCUGGGGCCAGGUCUGAGCCAGUGCGCUCCAAACUGCCCUCCAAUCUAUGA